AUGGAGGGCAAUCUCCGCUCCGCAGAGCGGCCGCUGGACCGGCUGGCGGCACCGGCGGACCGCGUUGCCGUGCUGGGUAUCGGUUUGGAGGACGCGGAGACCGCGGCGCCGUCGGCGAGGGGCGUGGAGGAGGGUGGGGGCGAGCAGGAUCCUUUCCGGAUGACGCCGCUGCGGUUCGCGGGGUACACGAACGAGGUCGGGGAAGCAUUCAAGAGGUUCCUGCCUCGCUCCAUGUACCUCGGGACGUACGCGCUCGCGAGCGCGUACGUCGCGGGAGACGCAGUGUACCAGGGCAGCAAGGCGGUCGAGGCGGGGCCGUCGUCGCCUGGACCCGGGCUCGCGGUGACGGAUGCGCUCAUUUGGCAGGGCCUGGCCUCGGUGGCCAUUCCUGGCCUCGCCAUCAACCGCGCUGUCAAGCUCGCGCAGUGGAUGGUCGAGCGCUCGCAGCUGGGCCCCAGGACGAAGCGUUUCCUUCCCACGGUGUUUGGGCUCUCCUUGGUGCCGCUGAUCGUCGGCCCGAUCGAUGAGGGCGUCGAGAGGUUCAUGAACUACGCCGUGCGGCCGCUCCUGCACCGCGGCGCCGAAAUAAUGCCCAUGCAGGCCAGUGCGUCCCAGUAUGCGGCUGCCAGCCCUGCAACCAUCUCGCGGCGCUGA